CAUUCAGAGUUCUUCACUCAGCAGAGCAGAGAGAAAGAAGAGCUUUCUGGUUUUCUUCCUCCUCUUGGUUUUGUUAGUGUAGUGUAUAGUACAGUAACAGUAGAAUUAGUAACAGGUUGGUGUAGCUGAGAAAACUGUUUACCUCUACACCUAAAACCGUGUUGGUGAAGUAAGAUCGGCCUCUCUGAGCACAAUGUUACGACGGAGACCGUCAAAUGCCUCAGAAAAGGAGCAAGGCCAGGUGCAGAAGAAGAAGUUGACACUGCAGAGGUCCAGCAGCUUUAAAGACUUCAUGAAGCCCAAGCCAUCUUCACCUGUUGUGAAUCCUGAGCUGACCCUGGGAGAGUCGCUGCCAGAGGGUGAAGUUCAUGAGAACUCUGAAAAACAAGGUGGAAAGCUGGGGAAGAAAUGGAGGAAUGCCAUCACUCGCACCAUGACCCGGAAGACAUCCAAGAUGGUACAGAAAGUUCUUGCAGAGGAAGGGAUUGAGAGUUCAGAGGACAGCUCAGCUUCACCUAUAUCUCCUAAUGACUGGACUCCAGACCUGAUUGCUGGGAACCGGAUAUCUGUGUGUUCCAACAGUUCAGAAGACACCAUACAUUCUCCUCUGUGUCGUCAAUUCUCAGGAUGUGGGGACAGGCAAAGUCUGGACAGUGGCUUCAGUCAGAGAGACAAUAUGGACAGCAAUUAUAAUGGCCCAUUUUGUGGCAGGGCCCGUGUUCACACAGACUUCACCCCGAGUCCUUACGACAUAGACUCCCUCAAACUGCAGAAAGGCGAUAUCAUACAGAUAAUUGAGAAGCCACCAGCAGGCACCUGGACUGGUAAGCUCAACAAUAAAGUGGGCUCCUUCAAGUUCAUAUACGUCACCAUGCUCCCAGAAGAGAACACACCACCGAGGAGGAAGCGAUGCCAUAGUCAUGGACGGUGCAAUAAACCCAAACCAAAAACACUGGAAGAAGUUUUGGAAAGGAUUGGACUAAAAGACCUUGAAUCUCUCCUCUCCAUGCAUGGUUUUCAAAGUUUGGAAGACUUUAGCGGACUGAAGGAAUCCCACCUGAAUGAGCUGAACAUCACAGAUCCUGAGCAGCGCACCAAGAUACUGACAGCAGCUGAACUGCUUCACGAUUCUGAGGGAGAGUCUGAUGAUGAAGAGAAGGACAGACCUGAGGAGAAGGUUGAUAUGCCACGGGAUUCAGGUUGCUAUGAGAGCACAGAAAACCUGGCGAAUGGCCGUGAGGAGACUGAAACAGAGCCUAAAACGGAACCUGCCGUAGAUAAAGAUGUAGAAACAGACACACAGCUUGAAGCAGUUCAGGAGAAACUGCAAGACCUUACUGUGGAGGAGGAGUCCUGAGAGCAUUGCAUCAACACUGGAAAAACUCUACUGCUGUGCUUCAGGGACAUCAUUUCCUUCAUGGGUGGAUCAACAAUGUUUGUAGCAGCCUGACUCGUGCGACAAACCUACUUCAAAUGUAAUGUCAGGAUUUCUCAAUUACAAAUUGAAUCAGAUUUCUAUUGGAAGUAGGAGUGAUGUUUAUAAUGACAUCACACUGAAUGGCCAGUGACUAUUUCACAUGAAUUAUACUGUAAACAGAAUAAAAAGGAACACUUAUACGUUGCCCUUAGUUUGCAGUCAUAAAUUAUGCUAUAUAGUAAAAUUGGAUUACUAUAUUGUACUAUAUGAUUUACUUUCAAUAUAGUAUAUUUUGUAAAUAUUUCAUCUUUAAAACUACUUGAUGUAAUAUUUUAAAAAGUGCUUUCAUUAUGAAUGUACAAUGCAGUAUAUCCAAUGUAUUAUUAUAUUUGGAAUAUUUAGUUUUUUACUUAUAUACAAGACAACUUGUAACACAUUGUGAAUGAAUGUGUGCUUGAUGUAGUUAUGCUUUGUCUUUCACCUAUACCUGUUCAAGUACUGUCAUGCAUUGAUGUAAGUACUUCUUUCAUAGGUUUGUCAUUUUUACUGAAGAUGCUAUGUUUCUGUCAUGAUGUUAUUUUUGUUUUUAUUUUUAAAAAUUAGUAAAGAGUUUAACUAAAUCA